AUGCAAAUUCCCAAGAAAUCUCAGAUUUUUGCUCAUAGAUAUUCCAACGUAAAUCGCGAAAAAUACGAAAAAUGUCUGAAACACUUUCAAAAAAAUGUGGAUAUCCCGAUAUUGAUUUUGGAUCGAAAGUAUUUGCAAAAACUUCAGAAUGAGAAAUGCGAGAAAGUUCGGAAAAUUGAGGUAACUUAUUAGAAAAAAAUAAAUAUGAAAUUGAUUUUUUCAGAUUGCCGUUGAAUUGAAAUAUUCAAAAAAUCGAAAAAUUCUUCAAGAUUCAAGAUUCAAAAUAAUAUUUUUCGAAAAUUCGACCACCAAAGAUUUUUUAACUCUGAAAACUGAGCCAAGUAAAAUUAUACCAAAGUAAGUUGCCACGUGGAAGUUUCCGAAAUAUUUUUAAUUUUUAGGAAUUUCGAAGUUUAUCAUUUUGGAAACUUGAUGGUGCCAAAAGAUAUUCCAAUGUUUUUGGGAUUUUUGAGAAGAUCCAAAUUUUUGGAGUGUAGAAAUAUGCAAAUUUCAAGAGAAGAUCAAGAAAGAUAUUUGGAUGCUCAAAAAUCGGUUGAUAUUUUGGCUGAACUUCGAGAUCUAUUAUUAGAAUUUGGAAUGUUUUCGUUUUUAAAUGGCGGAACUUUUUUGGGUUGGUAUCGUGAAUGCAAUAUAAUUCCACACACAACUGACAUGGAUAUAUCUAUUUUUAUCGAAGAUUUAAAUCCAAAAAUUAUUGAUUAUUUCAAUUCAAGAGAUUCAAAAUUGAUAUUAGCAACAAAGUAUGGUCGAAUAAAUGAUUCGCUUGAAUUCUCUGUAUAUCCAACAUCAGGAUAUCAAGUAAAAACGGAUAUUUUCUUCAUGUAUUCUGAUUUUGAAAAUGGUACAAAUAUGAAUUGGAUUGGUGGAAUGAGUCCGAAAGGUGAAAAAAUCCGAUUUUAUUAUCCAAAUUAUGAUCCUUGGUGUGCUGCCGAACUAUUAGGACAUAUUUUUUGGGUUACUUGUACACCAGAAUAUCAUGUUAAGGUUCGAACCAAAAUUUUUGCGAAAAAAAGUUUUAAAAUACAUUUUGCAGUUGGAAUAUGGUGAAAAUUGGUUCAAAGAUCAUCAUAGUUCAGAAUACAGAUGGAAAUCGUCUGGAAAUAAUGCGAAAAAUGUUGGAAAAUGGAAAUCUGAUGAAAUGAAAGAUGUUCGUUAUGUAAGACCAUGGUGGUAUUUUAUAUAUUUUAUGUGAAACUAAUAUUGUGUUUUAGAUAUUAUAAAAAAAUUAAAUUUUAUUAUCGAUUAAUUAUUUCCGUCAUUUUCGAAAGUGAUUAAACCAAUUUCGAAUCACAACUUUUCUCCAUUUCUCGAAAAUGCUUCGAAAUUUUCAAUCAAUUAGGGUCAUAAUUCGACAUAUAUAAAAGAAAGAGAGAGUGGAUUAAGUGGGAAGAAGUAGAACUAAAAUAGGACAGUUAAAAGUACCCAAAUCACUGAAAAAAGUGUUUUGAUGUGUGCAAACACCGCUUCGUUUUUUUCAAAAAAUCAAGAGAAAUUAUCACCUAAAAAUGAUAACAAUUGGGAACCCUGAGAUGUUCUCUAUCUAAAGUUUAGAUUCUAAACGUUGGCACAAAAAAAAAGAAAAUAAAUUUAUUUAUUGACUUUUACAACGACACUCCGGCUUGCCCUUUGUUUAGCGCAACACGAGAAUAUUUUUCAUUUUUCUUUUUUUUUUCGCUGGGUUUUCAGGUUUCCGGGGAAAAUCAGUGGAAUUCAGUCAAGAAUUGAAUUUUUAGAUGUUCUACAAGGCUGGAAUUAUCGAUUCCAACGGAAAAUUCGAGGAUUAUCGGAGAAAAGUGAGUUUUUUCUAGAGAAACACUGUUUCGAUUGAAAUUUUUGUGUUUUCAGGGUCAAAAUGAUUUGGAAAACUUGGAAGAUUUCGGAUUGGUAUUUUCAAUGAUGUUUUUUGUGUGA